AUGAAUCAAAGCAGUGAAGGAUGUAUGAAAAAGAUUAGCAAUGUGAAUAUUGACAAACUUAUAAAUGACUUCUCACAGAUAGAAAAGAGGAUGAUAGAAAACAGUGGAAAGAACAAUAUACUGGAUAUGCAGUUGGAAAAAGCUAACUCUUUAUUGAAAGUAAUGCAAACAAAGGAGGUUGCAAUUAAAGAAGGUGAAAAUGAACAGCUAAAAAGAAAUGCUGAUCUUAUGAAAGAAAAGUUAAAAACUCAUGAACAGGAAUAUAAGAAUAGUAUUGCCAAACUUAUGAGUGAAAUGAAAAUCAAGGAGGAGGGACAUAAGGCAGAAAUAACAAAACUUUAUCAAGAUAUGCAGAAAAAAGUUGAAUUAAGUGAAGAAAAGAAUAAAGAACUGAUAGAGAAAAAGGAGGUGGAAAUUUCAGAGUUAAAUGCAAAGUUAAGAACUCAAGAAAAGGAAAAACAAAGUGAAAUAAUCAAACUACAGCUAGAGUUUGAUGCCAAACUAGCAAGAGUUCAAACUAAAUCAAAAUCAUAUCCAGAUUCUACUGUUUCGCCACACAGUAUCUACAGAAGGAAGCUUCAGCAUCUUCAAGAAGAAAAAAACAAGGAGAUUGCAGUUCUUCGUAAUACCAUUCACGAUUUAGAGCAACGCCUCUCUGUUAGCAAAGAUUCUCAAUUUAAACUUGCUGGCAAAGAUUCUUAUUUUAAGCGUAGACGGUUUUGA